AUGCCCAACCCGGUCCGAGGUGCCCAGAAGAGACAGGGUCUGAAACCUGUGACGGGACUGAGAGCGUACAGUAGCAGCCAGUUGAUCUGUGUGAAUGGCUCUAAACAGGUGUCAAAUCUUCCGGUAGAAGAAUACCUGAGAGCCAAUGAGACUUUCUCCUCCUUCCUCCUGACCAAUGGCAGCCUGUCGUCUGUGACUGUGAGCCAGUUGCUGAAAGCUCGUCUCAAUUUUCAGGUUGUUAUGGCUGGAUCUGAGUUGCAGCUGAAGGACUUGGUGUGUAAUGCGAGCAUGCUGGGACGUUUUCUGACGGUGGACGGAGGAGAAGCAGCCAUGAACGAUCUUCAGACUCAGCUGUGUAACGUGUCAGCUGACAUCCUGAAGGAGGCUGAACGCAUCUUCCUCUCUCAGCUCGAUUUGCCCAAGCUGUUAACGAGAGAGCGUCUGAUGGCUAACACCGAAGACCUCAGGGACAUCAGUCUGGCCGUCAUGUCCGUUUCCCAGGAGAUGGCCGUCCUCAUCGAUGAUUUCUCCUCUCUCUCCAGCUUUGCUGACAUGAGUGCAGCUCUCAGUCUUCUAUCUCCAGCGAAUCGCUCGGCGUUGCCCAGGGAGAGUUUUCGUGCUUUUUCAAGGAUCAUGUGCGGUCACCCAGAGAUUGGUGGUGAGCGAAUCCCUUCACUCAACUGGUAUGAGGACAAUGACAUCAAGUCCUUCUUAGGAAAAAAUGGCACCGAAGACAAAGACCUGGACCAUGACAACAACACAACUCCAUUCUGUAAAAGUUUGAUCCACGGCCUGGAGUCCAACCCUCUGUCUCGCAUUGUGUGGCGAGGGAUAAAACCUCUGUUUAUUGGAAAACUGCUGUACACACCAGACACCCCUGCAGUUCAGGAAGUCAUGAAAGAGGUGAACAAGCCCUUUGAGGACCUGCAGAUCCUCCAGGAUCUGAAUGAGGCCUGGAUGGAAGUGGGGCCGCGAGUCAAGUAUUACAUGGAGAACAGUUUGGAGAUUCAGCUACUGCAGGAUUUGUUGAAGCGUCCAGAGGUCGCAGUACUGGUCAACCUGAGACUAGAGAACACGACCUGGACGGCCUCAAGGAUCGCUCGUUUCCUGUCCACGCCCCCCCCAGGCACCCCGAAGAGACCCGGAGCGCCUCCUAACUGGCUGGACAUCUACAACAACCUCGGCCACACCAUCUCCACCCUCUCACAAGUCUCUGAGUGUUUCUCUCUGAACAAGCUGGAGGGGUUGGACACUGAAGGUCAGAUGGUUGACAGGGCGUUAGAGCUUCUAGAGGACCGGCAGUUUUGGGCAGGUGUUGUUUUCCUGCUUCCUAACUCCUCAUCCCCUAACCUGCCGCCCCACGUGAAAUACAAAAUCCGAAUGGACAUUGAUGAUGUGACCCGGACCAACAAGAUCAAGGACAGGUUUUGGGACCCAGGUCCAGCAGCCGACCCUUUUAAUGAUAUGCGCUACAUUUGGGGUGGCUUUGUGUACGUCCAGGACCUGGUGGAGAGAGCGGUGAGCCGCAUCCUGUCCGGAGUUCAACAAACAACCGGCAUCUACAUCCAGCAGAUGCCCUACCCCUGCUAUGUGGAUGAUGUUUUCCUUCGAGUGCUGAACCGCUCUCUGCCACUCUUCAUGACGCUGGCCUGGAUCUACUCUGUGGCGAUGAUCAUCAAAGGCGUAGUGUACGAGAAGGAGGCGAGGCUGAAGGAAACCAUGAGGAUUAUGGGUCUGGGAACGGGAACGCUGUGGCUCAGCUGGUUCAUCAGCAGCAUCGUUCCUUUCCUUGUCUCUGCAGGGCUCCUCAUCGCUAUGCUAAAGGUGGGGGACAUCCUGCCGUACAGCAACCCACUUGUUGUGUUUUUUUUCCUGACGGCGUUUGCCACCGCCACCAUCAUGCAGUGUUUCCUCAUCAGUACCUUCUUCUCUAAAGCCAACCUGGCUGCUGCCUGUGGAGGGCUGAUCUACUUCGGGCUGUACCUGCCGUACGUACUGUGUGUAGCCUGGAGAGACCGCCUCAACACCACCUACAAAGUCAUCGCUAGCUUUCUGUCCCCUGUGGCCUUUGGCUUCGGCUGUGAGUAUUUCUCUCAGUAUGAAGAGCAGGGCGUAGGCAUCCAGUGGUACAACCUCCGCUCCAGCCCUGUGCAAGGAGACUCGUACAGCUUCACCACCUCUAUAGUCAUGCUCUAUGUGGACGCGUUCAUCUACGCCACUGCAGCCUGGUACAUCGAAGCAGUGUUUCCCGGAGAAUAUGGGAUCCCCAGGCCCUGGUACUUCAUCUUCCAAAUCAACUAUUGGGGAGGAAUUCCUCUGGAGGCAGGCAUGCCCAUCCCCCCCGCACCUGGAGAACAGGAUGGAGGUACAACACUUGUGUAG